GUUGACAUUCCUGCGGCGCCCCUCGAUACAACAACACUGCCGCCACAACUUCAAGUUCAAAUUGUUCAUAAUGCGAUUUAAAACAUCAAUGGUAAAUAAGCCAAAGCACACAGAGCUUGUCUCUUGUGUUGGUUGGGUUUCACCUGACGAAGUUUAUUCUUGUGGGGAUGAUCAUCAACUUCUUCAGUGGAAUUUGGUGUCCAAUGAAACUACCAAAUUAUCAGAUUUGCCAUCUGAUGUUUACCCUAUUGACUUACACUGGCUCCCUAAAACAGCAGUCCAAAAGACCAAAGUUGGAUCUGAAGUGUUUUUAAUGACAGCAGCUGAUGGUAAGUUUUAUAUAGUUGGACGCAGUGGUCGUAAUGAGAAGAUUGUUGAAGCUCAUCGCGGUGCGGUGUUGGUUGGCCGUUGGAGUCAUGAUGGAGCUGGGCUAGUCACAGCGGGUGAGGAUGGGUUGGUGAAGAUCUGGUCUCGUAGUGGAAUGCUGCGAUCAACACUGGCACAAGUAUCAGUUCCAGUGUAUGGUGCAGCUUGGGCCCCUGAUUCAGAUGCAGUUCUCUAUACAACUGGUACAAAUCUCAUCAUCAAACCAUUGGCACCAAACUCUAAGCCUAUUCAGUGGAAAGCCCAUGAAGGAAUUAUCCUGAAGGUGGCCUGGAAUCCCAAUACUGGUCUUAUACUCUCAGGUGGUGAAGAUACUCGAUACCGUGUUUGGGACAACUUUGGUCGUCAGUUAUUUUCUUCUUCUCAACACCAUCAUCCAAUCACGGCACUGGCUUGGUCACCCGAUGGUCAGAUGUUUGCAGUAGGUUCAUUUAACACACUUCGGCUGUGUGACAAAGCUGGCUGGUGUCACUCACUGGAAAAGCCCACAACAGGAAGCAUCUUCAACCUUGCAUGGUCUAGUGAUGGAACUCAAGUUGCUGGUGCAUGUGGUAAUGGUCAUGUCAUCUUCGCACAUGUCAUUGAAAGUCACCUCGAAUGGAAAAAUUAUGAAGCCACUGUAACAAGUCGCAAAAGUAUUGCAUUACGGGAUGUUACAAAUGAAGCUUGGGAGAAACUUGAACUGAGAGACCGCAUAAUCAAAGUGUCACUUUCGCAUGGCUUUAUGGUUAUAGUAACAUCAACACAGGGCUAUAUCUAUUCCACACGCAACUGGAACACUCCCUUCAUCUUUGAAUUAAAAGAAUCAAAUGUCAGUCUUAUUGUGCAGGCUGAACGGCAUUUCCUGCUCGUGGAUGGGGCAAGUGUAUAUGUUUAUUCAUAUGAUGGCCGAGUGCUGUGUGUACCACGCUGGCCAGGAAUGAGGACAGAUGUACUAAAUAGUCGUACUGUAUCAUUAUCAAAUGACACCUUGGCAAUUCGAGAUAAAACGGAUGAGAAAAUGGUUCAUUUGUUUGAUGCAACAACUGGCAAAGCCUUGAAUGAUGGCAAACCAUGGUCUCAUAAGUUAGAAAUUAUGGAAUUGGCUCUAGAUCAAGUUGGAACAGCCCAUGAGAGGCGUAUGGCUAUUGUUGAUAGAAAUCGAGAUCUCUUUUUGGUGACUCUGCAGCGUGUCGGUACCAUGGGAAGAGCAGUUAAACUUGGUGGGAUGGUGCAAUCUCUGAGCUGGAAUGAUGGAGCUAAUAUGCUUGCUGCACUUCAGGACUCUAAAUUUAUUGUGUGGUUUUACCCUGCAGUUGUGUUUGUUGAUCGUGAUCUUCAACCACUUACAGUCCUUGAGAAAGAUGCUUCUGAAUUUGGCAAGAAUGCAAUAAUAGACAAUUUCUUAGACUCAGUGGUGACAAUGCGACGAGCAGAUGGUAGUUUGGUAACUACCAAUGUUUCUCCUUAUCCAGCUCUACUUCAAAACUAUGUAACUACCAAACACUGGGAUGAUGCAGUUAGAUUAGCAAGAUUUGUGAAAGAUGAUAUUGUCUGGGCCUGCCUGGCAGCUAUGGCUACAGCCAAUAAAGAACUUGGCACAGCAGAAGUAGCCUACGCAGCAAUCAAUGAGGCUGACAAAGUUCAGUAUAUUCACUACAUUAAAGAGAUCCCAGUUAAAGAGGCCCGAACAGCUGAAAUGGCAUUAUUGGGAGGCCACAUUGGAGAUGCCGAAGCUCUCCUUGUUCAAUCUGGUCUCUUUUUCAGGGCCAUUAUGUUGAACCUGACCAUUUAUAACUUUGAGCGAGCACUUCAGCUAGCCAUCAGGCACCGCACACAUGUUGAUACUGUUGUGGCAUUCAGACAACGCUAUUUAGCUCGAUUCGCCAAGAAAGAAACCAGCAAGCUCUUUUUACAGUACGAAAAGCAGGUUGAGGUUGACUGGAAGAAAAUAUAUGAAAAAAUGGAAUUGGAAUAUCAAAAGGAGCGGGAGAAGCCAACUUCAUCCCAACAACAUUACAGUGAAACCUAAAUGUGAUGUCUUAGAAAAUCAUACAUAAAUUAUUAGUACUUUUGCAAUAUGUACGGGUAAUGUACAUAUUAAAAUUUUAUUAAAUA